AUGGUAGACGAUGUGACGAGGAGGAGGUCAGCACUUGUGAAGGCUCUUAUUCGCCAAGAGAGGGAUCUUCUAGCCUCCGGAAAGGAAUCGAAAGGAUAUCUAGAUAUGCUCCUCGAGGAAGGUGAGAUUCUGAGUGAGAGGCAGCUGGAGACUGCAAUAUGGGAGCCUGUUAUUGAAAGCACUACUACAAGUCAUGUUGCUAUGGUCUGGACUUUCUUCAACCUUGCAAAGCAUCCUCACACUCAGGAACGACUUUACACAGAGCUAAAGCAAGUAUGUGGAAAGAAGGCGGUAGAAGAGGAAGAUUUGGGCAAAUUGCCAUAUCUUAAAGCAAUAUUUUAUGAAACAGUGCGCAGACAUUCUCCAUUGCCUCUGGUGCCGCUACGUAUAGUCCAUGAAGAUGUGGAGAUCGACGGCUAUCAUGUUCCAGCAGAAUGGGAGGUAAAAUAA